ACAGAGCUUCCAUCCAACCCCCUAUUCGGCGCCGCUAAGAUGAAAUCUCAGUCACUUGCUGACUUCCUCAACUCAACAGUACCGUAUCUUUUCAUCCGAUGGUUGAAUAGGAGUGUGGCCGGCGCAUCCAUUCCCUUGAAUCGAGCACAUCAGCGCCACACCAAUGCUACUAGUAUGGUUGUUACUAAUCUCUACCAGCAUCGCAUCCACAACAGCACUCUUACUGAUAUCGAUCAUGCCGUCAAGUCUAGAUCGAUCUCUCAGUACUUGAUCGCCUCAAAUUCGAAGGAUCAUGUCGGGGAGUGCAGAUCGGAGGGUUUACUAGCUAUUCCCAUACUCGCUCGAUACGAAAUGAUUCCUAGCAUGCCAAUACGUACAUGCGGACACGUCGCUAGGAAGAGAUCGCCUUCGCCGAGGGUCUACCUUUUGAUGAAAGCAUUUAGGGCCCCAAGUGAAGUUUCCCAAAGUACGUCUCGUUCCUCACGCCUCUUCUCGCCAUCACCUAGCUUCCAUCUCCCACCCCAACGCGUCGUUCCUCUCAUUCGACGUAGCACCCUUGAAGGUGCAUCCGAAGCAGGGGACAAGCGGAUAAAAUCCCAGUGUUUUAUUCAUUUUUGGUUUCAGCGUCGUAAACCUAACUCCCUGAUCACCUCAUUCCGGUUGUCUCUCUCGUGAAGAACACAGAUAGCUGGAAGGCACUCCAGAUUUGUUUCGGUUGGUUUGAUGUUGCGAUCCCUUCUGUUCCUGUGCCUACCGAAAAGCAAUAUACAUACGUGGCAU